AUGAAUAAGGAAGAGGCAAGCAUUUAUCACCAAAUGUCCAAUUUUCAAUUGGAAGAUGGUCUCAAGUUAUUAGAUGUUCUUUCUCCACGGUCUAAUGACAGUGUCCUUGAUAUUGGCUGUGGUACUGGUCGACUGUCUAUGAUUCUUUCUGAUAAACUGAGAGAUGGUGGAAAAUUGAUUGGAGUCGAUCCUGAUUCAGAAAGAAUAAAGAUAGCAGCCAUUGAAGGAAAAGGGUAUACUAAUCUCCAGUUUAUGGUAGGAUCUGAUCAAACCUUUCCUGAAGAUCAGUACGAUAUAGUUUUAUGCACUGCUGCUAUCCACUGGAUUAAAGACAAACGGGAAACUUUCAAAAGAGUCUACAAUAACCUUAAACCUGGAGGAAAGUUUGGAUUUAAUACGUUAGUUAAUGGGGUGCCAGAAUUAAUGAAAGAAAUAGCUCAGUUGUGUGGAGCACAAGUCUAUGAUGCAGUUGUGAAUUCCAUUUACUUUGAAGAUGGUGACUACUACAAGCAAUUGGCUGAGGAAGUUGGGUUUAACGUGCUGUAUCUUGACACCUGUGCUAAAGAGUAUACUCUACCUAGCAUUGAUGCUUUCAUUGAUUUUUAUUACAGCGUGUUUCAUGGAAAGUUUGAUCGCAAUGAUCCAAAUCUAGUUGAACUCAAGAAGAGAUACAGUGGUCAACCCAUAUCAUGGACACUGCAUCGUUUAUUUGUCAUAAUAACAAAACCUUCUACUGCAGACUAA